AAUGCACUAAAGAAGCAUAUUAAUGAAGAACUCAAGAAUAAUGAAACAGUUAAUGAUCUAUAUUUCACAUUUGAAGAGAAUAAUGAUUGCAUUGAGUUUUGCUUUAAUGAACCAAGUCCAAAGGGAUGGUCAGUUAAACCUUAUGACAAACCAACAAAAGUUAGUCGGAGAGCAAUUGAUGACUAUGGCAGCAAGUCUCCUCCUAACUUUCCACAACGCUUAAUUGAAAUCACAGCUGAACCUGGUGAAGGUGCAGAUAGAUUAAGUUAUCCUGUAACAUUGAGAGGAAUUAAAUCUGAUAAUAUGGAAUUAAACAUUGUAUUAAAAACUGUGAUUCAGCAACCACUUCCCACAAGCUCUAGUAUGUCAUUGAGAGAUGAAGUUAAUAGUGCUACAGCCAUCAGUCAGAGACAAAUAUUAAAUACCAGUCAUCUUGGUGACAUACUUGAUUUACUAAAGAGGCAUGGAUAUUCUGGUGUCAAUUAUUAUGAUUUUGGUCUUCAUCUGGGGCUGCUCCCUCGUACACUUAAUGUUAUUGAUAUGGAACGUGGAGAUGUUAGUAGUCACUUCAGACUUUGUUUAGAAAAAUGGUUGCAACAAGCUGAUGAUGUAAAGGGUAAAGGUGGUCCAACUUAUGAUACAUUAAUCCAAGCAUUGAGGAAGAUUGAGCAGAAUGCUGCAGCUGAUGGAAUUGAUAGAGAAUUAAGUAUAGGAAAAUUUUGAGGCAAUUCUGGUUGAUAUUUUAAAAUUAGUAAACUUUUAGAAAAAAAUUGGCUUUAAAAUUACCCCAAUUUUCUGAUA